UGUUGUGCGCAUGUGCGUUGCCAGGGGUAGCGCAGGUAGCCGAAGUGGCCCGCGUAGCGGCGCCUGUUGCUGAGGCGGGGGUAGGAGGGGCCCCGAGGCGGGAGGAAAGCUGCGAUGAGGUCCGUGCUGACGUGGAAAGAAAAAGUCGAUCAGUGUGUCUAUGACCUUGCAUUUAAGCCCGAUGGAACGCAACUGAUUCUGGCUGCAGGAAACAGAUUACUGGUUUAUGAAACCUCGGAUGGCACCUUGGUUCAGCCCCUCAAGGGACACAAGGACACCGUGUACUGUGUGGCCUAUGCUAAGGAUGGCAAGCGCUUUGCCUCGGGAUCAGCUGAUAAAAGCGUUAUUAUCUGGACGUCAAAACUGGAAGGCAUUCUCAAGUACACGCACAGCGACUCGGUGCAGUGCGUCUCCUACAACCCCAUCACACACCAGCUGGCGUCCUGCUCCUCCAACGACUUCGGCCUGUGGUCUCCUGAACAGAAGUCUAUCUCCAAGCACAAAUCAAGCAACAGGGUCACCUGCUGCAGCUGGACAAAUGAUGGUCAGUACCUGGCCCUGGGGAUGUUCAAUGGGGUCAUCAGCAUCCGGAACAAGAACGGCGAGGAGAAAGUCAAGAUCCAGAGGCCUGGGGGCUCCCUGUCCCCAAUAUGGUCCAUUUGUUGGAAUCCAUCAAGCCGAUGGGAGAAUUUUUGGAGGAACAGAGAGGACGAGGACGCUGAGGAAAUCAUUGUCAGCAGAUAUUUUCAGGAAAUCCCUUCCACUCUGAAGCCAACAGUGUACAGUAGUCAGGGUAGUGAGGCAGAGGAGGAGGAGCCCAAGGAAGACGACGACUCUCCCCGGGACGGCAGCUCAGAGGAGCAUAAUGACAUCCUGGCUGUAGCUGACUGGGGACAGAAACUCUCCUUCUACCAACUGAGUGGAAAGCAGAUCGGGAAGGACCAGUCGCUGAACUUUGACCCCUGCUGCCUCAGCUACUUCACUAAAGGGGAGUACAUUUUGCUGGGGGGUUCAGACAAGCAAGUGUCCCUUUAUACCAAGGACGGAGUGCGGCUGGGCACUAUCGGGGAGCAGAACUCCUGGGUGUGGACUUGUAAAGUGAAGCCCGAUUCCAACUAUGUGGUGGUCGGCUGCCAGGAUGGCACCAUCGCCUUCUACCAGCUCAUUUUCAGCACAGUUCACGGGCUCUACAAGGACCGCUAUGCCUACAGGGACGGCAUGACCGACGUGGUGAUCCAGCACCUGAUCACGGAGCAGAAAGUUCGUAUUAAAUGCAAAGAGCUUGUCAAGAAGAUUGCCAUCUACAAAAAUCGAUUAGCGAUUCAGCUGCCAGAGAAGAUCCUCAUCUAUGAGUUGUAUUCCGACGACUCCUCGGACAUGCAUUACCAGGUGAAGGAGAAGAUUCUCCGGAAGUACGACUGCAACCUGCUGGUGGUGUGCACGGACCACAUCAUCCUCUGCCAGGAGAAGCGCUUGCAGUGCCUGACCUUCACCGGGGUCAAGGAGCGCGAGUGGCAGAUGGAGUCUCUCAUUCGCUACAUCAAGGUGAUCGGUGGCCCUUCUGCCAGGGAAGGCCUGUUGGUGGGCCUGAAGAACGGACAGAUCCUGAAGAUCUUUGUGGACAAUCUCUUCGCCAUCGUCCUCCUGAAGCAGGCCACCGCCGUGCGCUGUUUGGACAUGAGCGCGUCCCGGAACAAGCUGGCCGUGGUGGACGAGAACGACAUGUGCCUGGUGUACGACGUCCACACCAAGGAGCUGCUCUUCCAGGAACCCAAUGCCAACAGCGUGGCCUGGAACACACAGUGCGAGGACAUGCUGUGCUUCUCGGGCGGAGGCUACCUCAACAUCAAGGCCAGCACCUUCCCCGUGCACCAGCAGAGGCUGCAGGGCUUCGUGGUCGGCUACAACGGCUCCAAGAUCUUCUGUCUCCACCUCUUCGCCAUGACGGCCGUGGAGGUGCCGCAGUCGGCUCCCAUGUACCAGUACCUGGACAGGAAGCUGUUCAAGGAAGCCUACCAGAUCGCGUGCCUGGGCGUCACGGACGCCGACUGGCGGGAGCUGGCUAUGGAAGCCCUGGAAGGGUUAGAGUUCGAAACUGCAAAGAAGGCCUUCGCCAGGGUGCAGGACCUGCGGUACCUGGAGCUCAUCAGCAGCAUUGAGGAGAGGAAGAAGCGCGGCGAGACCAACCAGGACGUGUUCCUGGCCGACGUGUUUUCCUACCAGGGCAAGUUCCACGAGGCGGCCAAGCUGUACAGGCGCUGCGGGCACGAGAACCUGGCGCUGGACAUGUACACCGACCUCUGCAUGUUCGACUACGCCAAGGAUUUCCUCGGAUCUGGGGACCCCAAGGAGACCAAGAUGCUGAUCACCAAGCAGGCCGACUGGGCCAGGAACAUCAACGAGCCCAAGGCGGCCGUGGAGAUGUACAUCUCGGCCGGGGAGCACAUCAAAGCCAUCGAGAUCAGCGGGGACCGCGGCUGGAUCGACAUGCUGAUCGACAUCGCCCGCAAGCUGGACAAGGCGGAGCGCGAGUCCCUGCUGCUGUGCGCGCACUACUUCAAGAAGCUGGACAACCCGGGCUACGCCGCCGAGACCUACCUCAAGAUCGGCGACCUCAAGUCCCUGGUGCAGCUGCACGUGGACACCCAGCGCUGGGAAGAGGCUUUUGCUCUGGGCGAGAAGCACCCCGAGUUCAAGGACGACAUCUAUGUGCCCUACGCGCAGUGGCUGGCAGAGAACGAUCGCUUCGAAGAAGCCCAGAAAGCAUUCCACAAGGCCGGGAGGCAGCGGGAAGCGGUCCAGGUGCUGGAGCAGCUAACGCACAACGCCGUGGUGGAGAGCAGGUUCAACGACGCCGCCUAUUACUACUGGAUGCUGUCCAUGCAGUGCCUCGACAUAGCCCAGGCAGAUCCUGUCCAGAAGGACGCCAUGUUGGCCAAGUUCCACCACUACCAGCACCUGGCCGAGCUGUACCACGGCUACCACGCCAUCCACCGCUACACGGAGGAGCCAUUCAGCUUCCAUCUUCCCGAAACCCUCUUCAACAUCUCCAGGUUCCUGCUGCACAGCCUGACCAAGGACACCCCCCUGGGCAUCUCUAAAGUGAACACGCUCUUCACGCUGGCCAAGCAGAGCAAGGCCCUGGGCGCCUACAAGCUGGCGCGACACGCCUACGACCGGCUGCAGGGCCUGCAGAGCCCCGCCCGCUUCCAGAAGUCCAUCGAGCUGGGCAGCCUGACCAUCCGCUCCAAGCCCUUCCACGACAGCGAGGAGCUGGUCCCCCUGUGCUACCGCUGCUCCACCAACAACCCCCUGCUCAACAACCUGGGCAACGUCUGCGUCAACUGCCGCCAGCCCUUCGUCUUCUCCGCCUCGUCCUACGAGGUGCUGCACCUGGUGGAGUUCUACCUGGAGGAGGGCAUCACCGACGAAGAGGCCGUCGCCCUCAUCGACCUGGAGGCCCCCAGACACAAGCGAGAGAGCAAAUGGCAAGAGGUGACCAGCCCCAAUUCCCAGUCGCUGCGGCUGGACGAGGCCAUGGACCCCAUGGGAGGCGAAGACCCGUUCACCGCCAAGCUGAGCUUCGAGCAAGGCGGUUCCGAGUUCGUGCCUGUGGUCGUGAACCGGACCGUGCUGCGCUCCAUGAGCCGCCGCGACGUCCUCAUCAAGCGCUGGCCGCCGCCCCUGCAGUGGCAGUACUUCCGCUCGCUGCUGCCCGACGCCUCCAUCACCAUGUGUCCCUCCUGCUUCCAGAUGUUCCACUCGGAGGACUAUGAGCUGUUGGUGCUGCAGCACACCUGCUGCCCCUACUGUCGCAGGCGCAUCGACGACCCCGGCCCCUGACCGCCCUGCAGACCCGCGGCCUGCGGAGAGGAAGGAGGAGGGUCCCGGCCGCCCAGAUGCAGUUGGUGCUCCAGGGAGGGGCCUCCCGGAACCGCAGGAUUCCUACUUCUGGCACUUUGUGCCUUGUAAAUAGCACCAGGGGCUGGGGAGAGGACGCACCUAUAUUUUCUAAGGAAAAAGAAAAGACCUGAGAGCUCGGGAGCAGCCCGGGUAGUGGGGGGGCAGCCCGGGUAGUGGGGGGGCAGCCCGGGUAGUGGAGGGGCAGCCCGGGUAGUGGGGGGGCAGCCCGGGUAGUGGAGGGGCAGCCCGGGUAGUGGAGUCCGCCGGCCGCCCAGGAGGCGCGCACCGCGCAGGCCAACAGACUGCCUCAAUAAUGACAAAUAAAAGGGCUACUUAUUUUCA